UGAAGGUGAAUGUCCUCUCGUGUCAGUCAGCAUUUGCUGUCAAUGGCUUUCAUGAUUUAUUUUAUUUGAAUGUCUGGGCUUUUUACACUUUCGUCCAAAGAAACCAAUAAUGGAUAUUCUAUGGAUUUUAUGGAUAAUACCCACUGUAAUAGCUGUAGAAGAAACACUAAUGGACUCUACCACAGCGACAGCUGAGCUGGGCUGGACAGUCUAUCCCGUGUCAGGUUCCAGUGACAACAGCUGGGAGGAGGUGAGUGGAUACGACGAGAACAUGAACACCAUCCGCACCUACCAGGUGUGCAACGUGUUCGACAACAACCAGAACAACUGGGUCCGCACCAAGUACAUCCGGCGCCGGGGUGCACAGCGGAUCCACGUGGAGAUGAAGUUCUCCGUGCGAGACUGCAGCUCCAUCCCUAACGUGCCCGGCUCCUGUAAAGAGACUUUUAACCUGUACUACUAUGAGUCAGACUCGGACACGGCCAACAAGGUGUCCCCGGCCUGGAUGGAGAACCCCUGGAUCAAGGUGGACACCAUCGCAGCCGACGAGAGCUUCUCCCAGGUGGACCUGGGUGGCCGGGUGAUGAAGAUCAACACAGAGGUGCGGAGCUUUGGCCCUGUGUCCAAACACGGAUUCUACCUGGCCUUCCAGGACUAUGGCGGCUGCAUGUCCCUCAUCGCCGUGCGAGUCUUCUACCGGAAGUGUGCCCGCGUCAUCCAGAACGGGGCUGUGUUCCAGGAAACCCUGUCGGGGGCGGAGAGCACCUCUCUAGUGGCAUCGCGUGGCGUGUGUAUCCCCAACGGGGAGGAGGUGGACGUGCCCAUCAAGCUCUACUGCAACGGCGAUGGCGAGUGGAUGGUGCCUAUUGGGCGCUGCAUGUGCAAGGCUGGCCACGAGGCUGUGGAGAACGGGACUGUGUGUAGAGCUUGUCCAUCGGCCUUCUUCAAGCCUAUACAGGGUGAUGCAUCCUGCAUGCAGUGUCCAAUCAACAGCCGUACCACCAACGAAGGAGCCACUAACUGUGUGUGCCGCAACGGUUACUAUCGCACCGACUCAGAUCCCAUCCAGAUGCCCUGCACAACGGUGCCGUCUGCUCCUCAGAAUGUUCUGUCCAUCGUGAAUGAGACGUCUCUGAUGCUGGAGUGGCAGCAUCCUAGGGAGUCAGGUGGUCGUGAAGACGUGGUCUUCAACAUCAUCUGUAAGAGCUGUGGAGGGGGCCGAGGAGGCUGCACGCGCUGUGGCGACAACGUCCAGUUUGUACCCCGCCAGCUGGGUCUGACUGAGCCCCGGGUCUACAUCAGUGACCUGCUGGCCCACACACAGUACACCUUCGAGGUGCAGGCCGUCAACGGUGUCUCUGACCAGAGCCCCUACUCACCACAGUACUCCUCCGUCAACAUCACAACCAACCAGGCUGCUCCGUCGACAGUGUCCAUCAUGCACCAGGUCAGUCGUACCGUGGACAGCAUCACUCUGUCCUGGUCUCAACCAGACCAGCCCAAUGGAGUCAUUCUGGACUAUGAAUUGCAGUACUACGAGAAGGACCAGACCGAGUACAACUCAACCAUCAUAAAGAGCCAGACCAACACAGUGGUCAUCCGCGGUCUCAAAUCAGGGGCAAUCUAUGUGUUCCUGGUUCGCGCCCGGACCGUGGCCGGAUUUGGACGCUACAGUGGCAAGCUCUACUUCCAAACCAUGACUGAAGAGGAGUACAACACCAGCAUUCAGGAGAAGCUGCCUCUCAUCAUCGGCUCUGCAGCUGCAGGUCUGGUCUUCCUCAUCGCAGUGGUUGUUAUCGUCAUCGUCUGCAACCGGCGUGGCUUUGAGAGGGCAGACUCAGAGUACACAGACAAGCUGCAGCACUACACCAGCGGCCACAUGACUCCAGGAAUGAAGAUAUAUAUUGAUCCGUUUACAUAUGAGGACCCCAACGAGGCGGUGAGGGAGUUUGCUAAGGAGAUUGACACUUCCUGUGUGAAGAUUGAGCAAGUCAUUGGCGCAGGAGAGUUCGGGGAGGUAUGCAGUGGAAACCUGAGGCUCCCAGGCAAGAGGGAGAUGUUUGUGGCCAUCAAGACGCUGAAGUCGGGCUACACAGAAAAGCAGAGGCGGGACUUCCUGUCUGAGGCGUCCAUCAUGGGUCAGUUUGACCACCCCAACGUGAUCCACCUGGAGGGUGUGGUCACCAAGAGCGCCCCUGUCAUGAUCAUCACUGAGUUCAUGGAGAACGGAUCACUGGACUCUUUCCUCAGACAAAACGACGGUCAGUUCACAGUGAUCCAGUUGGUGGGCAUGCUGCGUGGCAUCGCCUCUGGCAUGAAGUACCUGGCCGACAUGAACUACGUCCACCGCGACCUGGCCGCACGCAACAUCCUGGUCAACAGCAACCUGGUCUGCAAGGUGUCCGACUUCGGCCUGUCCCGAUUCCUGGAGGACGACACGUCAGAUCCCACCUACACCAGCGCCCUGGGAGGGAAGAUCCCUAUCCGAUGGACAGCCCCUGAAGCCAUCCAAUACAGGAAGUUCACGUCCGCCAGUGAUGUCUGGAGCUACGGCAUCGUCAUGUGGGAAGUCAUGUCCUAUGGAGAGAGACCUUACUGGGACAUGACCAAUCAAGACGUGAUCAAUGCCAUAGAGCAGGACUACCGGCUGCCCCCCCCCAUGGACUGCCCCUCGGCCCUGCACCAGCUCAUGCUUGAUUGCUGGCAGAAGGACCGUAACAACCGGCCCAAGUUCAGCCAAAUUGUCAACAACCUGGACAAGAUGAUCCGCAACCCCAACAGUCUGAAGGCCAUGACCCCGCUGUCUUCAGGUGUCCAUCUUCCUCUCCUGGACCGCAGUGUUCCAGACUUCUCCAGCUUCAGUACUGUGGACGAGUGGCUAGAUGCCAUCAAGAUGGGCCAGUACAAAGACAACUUUGCCAAUGCUGACUUCGCCAGCUUUGAUGUGGUUUCCCAGAUGACCAUGGAUGACAUCCUGAGCGUGGGCGUGACGUUAGCAGGCCACCAGAAGAAGAUCCUGAACAGUGUGCAGAUGAUGCGUGCCUCCAUUAACCAGAUCCAGUCUGUGGAAGUUUGACCAUCCAGAAUGGAGCAGAGGAGAGCAGAUGAGAGGAGAGCAGAUGAGAGGAGAGCAGAGGAGAGGAGAGCAGAGGAGAGGGGAUUGUGAUGCAGGGCUCUGGGUUCACGGAUGGAGUGGAGGUGUUUUUGCUUGACUGUGAAACAUGUCUUCCUACAAACUACCGUCCUUCCACGGUCCCCUUUUUCAAUCCCUCUCCUGUCCUCCUCUAUCCCCUCAUCCAAAGUCCCCAUAACCUUUCAGGAUCAGCUCUGAAGGUUUGUGGCCAGCAGGUCUACAUGACCAGACAUCAAUCAAUGUGGCCAACAAGGUUCCUUCUUGGAACCAGGAUCAUGAGAGGUUACUGACCAGCGACACAUUUCUACUUCCAUCUUCCACCUCGUUUUUUUUUUACGGUGAACUUUUUUCUUACAUUUUUUGGUUUGUUUGAUUUAAGAAUUUUGUAAAUAAUUUUGUAAAGAAAAAAAAGUUGAGAAAACUCAAAAGGAGUCUAUAAGUAUAGAUGUAAACUAGGUGGACUGACUAGAAAGACUACCCUUUAAAAGGGCAACAGACAAGAAGACAAUGAAAAAUGGGAGAUUUCAAGACCAUCACUUUCAAAAAGAAACUGAAAUAUUAUAUGUUUUUUUUUUUUUUACUUCAGAAACAGGAAACAAACAUAAAUCUUUGCUGCCUCCCCAAAAGCAAACAGCAGAAUAGACUGAGGAACUUGAUCUACACUCCAUGGUUGACUUGGGAGACAAAAUAGUGUGAGCACCAUGGAAUGGACAUCUUUUGGCAGAAACUACUACCAUGAACAACCAACUUAUAGCAACACUUAAAAAAUUAAAACAAAAUACCUUUUCUUGUUGAAGAUUUUCUCUCACCAUGCUUCCUCUCACCGUGGGAAAGUUUAUAUUUUUUCAAUGAAAACAUCACAACCUGCCAAAUGGAACAUCCUCCCUGUGUACCUCAGAUGAUGUCAUGAUCCUGUACAUAUCAGAUGCACUUGACAAUGGGACUGUGAUGUCAUCACUAUGAGCCGGACAUAGUUACUAAGACCUGGAAGUGAUGGAUUUAAAUAGUUUCUUUGGGUGACUAGAGGGAGGUUUUUCUUUGUUAUUAUUCAUUUAAUUUUCGCAAAAUGUUAGUUGUGGAUUUUGAAGAAUCAGUGUAAUAAACAGCAAACAUACAGUACUUCCUCCAUGGAUGUAUGGAAAAAAAUGA